AGCUGUGACAGUGGAAUUUAGGUUACGUCCCGCUCCGAAGUUGUUGCUCCACCGUUCGAUUGAAUUUUAGGAAAUAUUUUUAUUUUAUUAAAUCAAGUCUACUCCACCGCAAUGUCCUUCCCCAACAAAUCCGACCGAGAGCGCUGUUGGUCCGCCCGAGACGAGUACUGGCGAUGUCUCGAUCAACACAAUGUCACCGACGACAAAGUGCCGGACCAGUGCAAGGAGCUCCGGAAGUUAUUCGAGAAAAACUGCCCCAGCCAAUGGGUCAAGCACUUCGACCGGAAGCGGCUGUACGAGCAGUUCCAGGCGAAGAUGAACCAAGGAUACGACCCGUUACGCGACCAGAAAUAAGGCAAAAAAAUUUCAGUUGUUUUACUUGUAAAUUUUUAUAUCGAAGUAUUUAGUCAUUAAAGUUAAAUAGUGAAGUAAAACUCGUCUAAAAUCUAA